AUAUAAUCCAAGAUGUUUUUGCACCACACCUCAACACCGCUCUCUCCUUUCCCACAUCGCAUGGAGACGUCAAAUGCCCGUUAUCUCUUCAAUCCAAGCCAGUUGUCGCACCCACAAUGCGAUCAUUGCUUUUGGUAAUGCCGAACAUGGGAUUAUUAAUAAGGGGAGGAAGAGCUCAUGUGCUUCCAUGUAUUCCGACAGCUGCAUUUAGCGAUAUUGUUUAUUGGUCUCCUGGACUUUACCUCCUUCCGCCCAUAUUUCUCAUGGAUGUCGAAAAGCGGAAGGAGGGCAAGAAAAACCCUGAAGCUCAAAAAUAUAUUCUGGAAGCCCACCGGAAAUUUAUUUGUAAAAUUCUUGACAGAGCAGAGCAUGAAAUCCGGUGGAACGGGGGAUCCCUCAGGCUUUUUUAGUUUACUCCAAUGGCAUCGCGCACUCACUUCUCACGCUCGUUGCAAAAAUCUCU